UUAUGCUUCUAUCAUAAUCCUUUGCCAAUAAACACUAGUGCUAAGGAUUUAUUUAUAUCCUAAUUAAACCAACAACUUUUUCACAAAAGACCAUGCUCCCUAAGUCAUUUACUAUGAUUGCAAUAAUAAUAAUUGUUCUUGCACAAACACUUGUGGGGGUGAGUUCAGUUCCUGAAGCUGAUAAAAUAAACAAUUUGCCGGGGCAGCCACAGGUCAAGUUUCAGCAAUAUUCAGGUUACAUUACCGUGGAUGACCAAAACCAAAGAGCUUUGUUUUACUACUUCGUUGAAGCUGAAGAAGACCCUGCUUCCAAGCCAUUAGUCCUCUGGUUCAAUGGAGGGCCCGGUUGUUCAUCUAUUGGAGUUGGAGCUUUUGCUGAGCAUGGUCCUUUCAGACCAAGUGACAACAAUGUUCUUGAGAAAAAUGAUUAUAGUUGGAACAAAGAGGCAAAUGUACUAUACUUGGAGUCACCAGCUGGUGUUGGAUUCUCUUACUCGAGCAAUAAAUCAUUUUAUGCCUUAGUUACAGAUGAAAUUACAGCUAGGGAUAAUCUUGUUUUCCUAGAGCGCUGGUUCGUUAAAUUCCCUGAGUACUCAAAUAACGAAUUAUUCAUUACAGGGGAGAGCUAUGGAGGUCACUAUGUUCCACAACUUGCACAACUUAUUGUUGAAACCAAGACCAAGUUCAAUUUCAAGGGCAUAGCAAUAGGGAAUCCUCUUCUGGAGUUUAAUAUUGAUUUCAACUCUAGAUCUGAGUUUUUUUGGUCUCAUGGACUGAUAUCAGAUUCAACAUACGAACUCUUAACUACAGUCUGCAACUAUUCCUCAAUUAGGAGACUAAUUCAAAAUGGGAAUCUUAGUGGCAUUUGUGCAAGAGUGAAUAAGCUAUUGUAUAAUGAGGUUAGCAAUUAUAUAGAUGAAUAUGAUGUCACUCUCGAUGUGUGUUUGUCAUCAGUAAAUCAACAGGCUUAUGUGCUGAAUCAACUGCAAGAGACACAGAAGAUAGAUGUGUGUGUUGGUGAGAAAGUAACCACAUACUUAAACAGGAAAGAGGUCCAAGAAGCACUGCAUGCUAGUCUUGUUGGAGUAGCCAAAUGGUCAACUUGCAGCGGAGUUUUGCAUUAUGACUAUCAGAAUUUAGAAAUACCAACAAUACCUAUUCUAGGGUCACUUGUUAAAUCUGGCAUCAGGGUUCUAGUAUACAGCGGAGAUCAAGAUUCAGUAAUUCCAUUGAUAGGUUCGCGAUCUCUAGUGAAUGGAUUAGCCAAGGAAAUUGGACUGAAUACAACAGUGGCUUAUAGAGCCUGGUUUGAGGAAAAACAGGUAGCAGGAUGGACACAAGUAUAUGGGGACAUCUUAUCGUAUGCCACUAUAAGAGGAGCAUCUCAUGAAGCUCCCUUUUCUCAACCUCAGAGAUCACUAGUGCUAAUUAAAGCAUUUCUGGAAGGAAAACCACUACCUAGUACCUAGCUUGUGUCGUAUAAAAUAUGAAUGAAUAAAUUUAAUUUACCACAAUAAGUAGAAAUAAAAUAAUAAAUGCUGCCAAAAUCCGCACAGAAACUGAUUUUUGUUGGAUCACCUUAUGAUUGUUAUCUUCGUGCCUUCUGCAUUUCUGUGUUUUACUAUCUUUCUGAUCAAUGUACUAAGGUGCACAGGAUGGAAGAAAGUACGACGAUUAACAAUUUUCAAUCAACAGAAUUAAACUGAUUUCGGCUAAUUGUAAUGUGUUUACUGAAAGUAGAUAGCUAAGAACCGAUUUAAUCCAAUAAAAUAUAUUUAGGUGUUGCAAAGCUCAAAUAGGAUCUUUGUUCAUUUUGCAACUAUAGGUAUAGGUCGUGUUUUUUGGGUUGUGUUAUGUUAAUUAUCUUUUGAUAUUAUGUAUUUGGCUAGUAUACACCUUUGUUUGUGAUACUUUCUUUUAACUUAAUUUUAUAAAAUUGAU